AUGGCUACGAGCCAUACGCUCGAGGCAAGCUCAUCAAUCAACUCGGAAAACCUUCUGCUGAUCUUUGACGAGCAGUAUAGCAAAAGUUCGCGAGCCAAGUGCCAUGGCCCACCGCCAUGCAAAGGCACGGCCAUCGGCCUUGGGGACUUGCGGUAUGGUAGCAUUUCUCACUCGCUAGAAUACGGAGAGGUGCGUCUAUUAGGAACUAUGCCGUGCACUCUGCCAAGCGCUAACGAAUGGAAAAGAUGGUCCAAUGGAGACACUGGUACGUCUGCCGUGACGACGACGUUUAGGCCCGAAGACCAGCAGAAGAUACGAAACGCGGUCAUUUCCCGACGAAUCGAUCCCUCCGACGUUCCUGAGAGCGCGAAACAA